AUGCUGCGUAGUAUCCUCCGCCGAACAUCACCCUUCUCCAUCUUCCGCUUCACCCUGGACGCAGCCGGACUCUGCUGUGCCGUGACCUUAAUCCUCGAACACUUCUACACCAUCCAAGCCUCCGAGGGCCCCUCGAUGUACCCUACCCUCAGCACGAGGGGGGACUUUCUGCUCAUCUCCCGCCUCCAGAAGUGCGGCGAGGGCAUUCAAGUCGGCGAUAUCGUGCGCUUCGAUCAUCCUUCCUUUCUGGGCGUCCAUGGCGCGAAGCGUGUGCUCGGCUUGCCCGGCGAUUUUGUCUGUCGGGAUGAGUCGUUAAGUAUGGAGGGCGGUUCGAGAAGUAUGAUCCAGAUCCCUGAAGGCCAUAUUUUUGUCGGAGGCGAUAAUAUGCCCUGGUCGCGCGAUUCGAGGACUUACGGCCCCCUACCCAUGGGACUGGUGAAUGGCAAGAUUAUUGCGAGGGUAUGGCCUCCGUCUAAGAUGGAGUGGAUUCAGAAUACAUUACGGCCGGUGGAGAUUUAG